AGCCUCUGAACACGAGCCUUGGCCAGUUCCAAACUGUGAUUCGCCAAGUCCUUCCCGUUCCCACUCGCAACAUUUGCUUUCUUCGCAGGUGAAGAUCUGCAAUAACGACCAAUAACAGCGCCGCCGCCGCCGCUGAAGGACGCGCCGCGACCUCUCGGCAGCGCAGCCGGAGUCUGAGCAGACGCCGUCCGUGCCCUCGUUACAAACUUAACCACUCCCGUAAAAGAACCGGCGCUGGCCCGGACGCCGGAGGACGGAUCGGGGAGGGACUGUGAGGAGAGGGGGUUAAUAACACGCGCAGACUGUCGCGCGGAGGGAGAGGUAGAGGACAAAAACGUGACUAGGCAGCCGAAGAGCUGUUAUGCAACCGCUGACCUACUAACACAUAUUUCUAGAAAGGGAGCCGGAAAACUGGAGCAAAGUGUCCGGUAGCGCGCAACGCACAGGCAGCCGGAGCCAAGAGAGGGGAACAGCAUCCGACCGAGCCACGGAGCCCGCCGCAGCCGCAGCCGAGCCCACAGCCGCCCGCCGGGAGCCGAGAGCGCAACUAAGUUUGACAUUUUUAUUUCUUUGGAUCCUUUUGUUGGCGCUGCACUGACGGAACGGGAGGCGGAGGAAACGGGAGCGAGACAGCUUUUGUGUCGGGGAAGCCUGAAUCUUUCCCCCUCCUCCAGGACACGGGAAGUUUCUCCAUAAUCCAGUUAGUGGCCGGCAAACAUCAACAGUGAAGCGGAGUCUUCUUCGGAGAAGGAGACACACUGACCUACAUCUAUCUGACAUACUGAGUUAUCUCGGCUCCGCUGAAGAUCGAGGACGACCGUAAUAAACACAGCACUGAGAAUCCAGGAGAAGACGAAACACAAAAAAAAACACAACAUCUCAUCUCUUUUUAGGAUUUUUUCAGGAUUUCUCUUCAGAACACUAGUUCAAUGUCUGAGGUUUUUGUGGAGUUCCACCUCUUUUUAAUCUUCCUGGCUAAUUUGGACACUUGACCAUCUUGAUCUUGAAUAAAGCAACAGACAUCAAUGAGGCAACCUCUUCAAAGAGCACAAAUACCUCAUUCAGAAGUUUUCAGCAGAUCCUGUGACAUAGGUCGCAGUAACAGAGUAGAAAGGCUCGUAUAGUUUUACAUUCAUUCCCUUCCCCCCUUUGCCCUUUGCCAGAGUCACGCUCUGGCCCCUAGCUGGGAUAAAAUGGAAAGUCUCAGUAUACACAUCCCAUCCACCAGCAACAAGAAUGCAAUGGAGGUAGACAAUUUUUCUUCCUAUAAUGGGAGCCUCCCGUCUCCUGGUGCUGAAGGUGGAGCGCGGGUCAUCCGCCAGGCCAAAGGUAGCAAGCCUACGGUGACGUCCCGUCGCAAGCGAGAGUUCAUUUCUGACGAGAAGAAGGACGCUUCGUACUGGGAGAAGCGGCGGAAGAACAACGAGGCGGCCAAGCGCUCGCGGGAAAAGCGCCGCCUCAACGACAUGGUGCUGGAGAACCGCGUCAUGGCGCUGAACGAGGAGAACGUGCGCCUCAAGACGGAGCUGCUGCAGCUCAAGCUGCGCUUCGGCCUCAUCAGCACCGCCUCGUACAUGGAGAAGAGCCAGCAGAUCUCCAGCAGCGCCGCGGGCGGCGACGGCGGCAGCAACGGCGGCUGCGCCGGCGGCAACCCGAGUAGCGCCUACCUCUCCAGCAGCGGCUACUCCAGCGCCUCGCAGGUGAUGCUGAAUUCGGACUCGUCCGAGACGGAGCAGUCGAGCCGCGGCGAGCGCCACGCGCUCUCCAAGUACUCCCCGCGCGGCUCUGUGUCCGACAUGUCCGACGGCUCCUCCAGAGAUAGUCCAGAACCAAUGGGCUACAGCAUAAAGAAGGAGCCCCAGAGUAUGGAGAUGACCAGGCUGGACGGCAGCGGGAUUCCCAGUGGCAUCUCUAAUGGGAUGCCCAGUGGCAUGAUCAAUGGGGGUUACCAUGUCAAUGCCCUCGCUACCCCCCACCAGCAGAGCAGCCAGUUGCCUGAGAGUGCCAUGGACUACCAGCACCACCAACAGCAGGCGCAGUCCCACGUGGAGCCCUCCAGCCCCGCUCCCCAGGCCACCUCUGCACAGAGGAGCGUCAUCCUGUACCGCUCCAGCAGCGGCUGUUACCCCGUGGAGAGCCAGAGGCCGGAGGACCAGCAGCCCCAGCAGGGCAGGCCGCCGCAGCACGGCCAGCACGCCCCCGCCCCCAAGUUCUCCGACUGCUCAGCGACGAUCACGGAGGUCGCCGAGAAGCUCGAACGGACGAAGACCCUGGACUCGCCGCAGUAUGACUACAGUCCCGGCCACGAGUCCGCAGAGGAGCUGCAGCAGCAGUACAGCCCCGCUGGGCAACAGCAGCACGGCAGCCAUCAUCGCUACAGGUAUGAGGGUCCGGAGAGCGGUCUUGACGAUGCAGAGAGCCACCAGAACCCCUUUGCCCCCGACUUGAUCCACAACACUGAGGAAGGCAAGUCCUCCUUCACACAGCACAACGGCUACCUCAACACACUGGACGAAGAGCCCCCGCUGCUCACCUAUGAGGGAGGCCCCAGAGCUGAUGGCUUCUACCAGGAGAACUCCUCCACCAAAGACACUUCAUCCAGUGAUGGGGAUCCUCGUAGCUCUGACAAGGAGGGCUCCACGGAUGACGAGUCCCCCUCUUCGUCCUCCUCAGACAUCAGCACCUACCACCAGAAGGCAGCAGGGGCUGCCGGCGCCAACGAGUGCCAGUCUGAGGUCAAGGCCACCGCCCUGCCGCACAAGCUGCGCCUCAAGUACAGAGCCCUGUCCAACGGCGCUGCAGGAGCACAGGCGGACGGCACAGGCGCCUCCAUGUCCCCGUCCCCCACCCUGCCCCAGCAUCCCUACCUAGCACUACCCAGCAACCACAUCAGCCAGGCCCACGGCGAGAGCAGAGAGACUGAGACUGAGUACGCAGAUGAGGUCAAACCUCAGCUGAGCGAGAGGCCGGGGUCUAAGAAGGACGGGGGGAAAAAGGCAUCCGGCAGCGGGAGGGGCGGCCGCAACAAGAGGCGGGAGUAGCCCCGUCCUGUGCAGCCGACAGAGUCACGUCACUACCUGGUGAUGGGUGUGGGGUGUAGUUAGUGUGAGUUCACCAUCAAAAUUUCACUGUGUCACCUGUUCCCCUUUUCUUUAUUACCCCCCCCCAACACACACACACACACACACACACACACACACACACACACACACACACACACACACACACACAAUCCCGACUGAAAUCUCUAAAUGAGGAAGGGGACAGAAUGAAACUCUCCAGAGCUGGAGUCUAGGAUAUUUUCUCCCUCGUGGAAAACUCAAACCUUUGAUUAUUCAUUCAGUGUAAACUGCCUUGGUGGCUGGCAACUGUUUACUGUGGCAUUCUACGAAGAUUCCUUUGACCAAAGAAACACAUCCCUCCUCCAGCGUCUCCCUUUUCGGAAAAGAGUUGCAUUCUCGCUCCCUCUGAACACAUCUGUACCAUUCGACCCUCUCACCACCUGCACACGAGUCCCUUUCACUUUUGAAGCACUUAGACUGUAUAUUACUGUGACAUAUAAAUUUGCAUAUAUGGAAUAUAUAUUUUAAGAAGAAAAUGCGGCAAAAACAACAAAAAAUAAAUCAGUGGGAUGUGGAAAUUGUAGGCUUAAAAGCGAUUGGUUUGUUGUUUUGUUGAGACACCUUUGUACAGUCCCUCGUUAUCGACAAAAAUGCCUCAAAUUUUCUUUCAGCUAAUAGGUAGGAGCCACUGCUUUAUUAUUAAAAAGAAAAAAAAACGUAUUCAGGUGAGCCAUGUUCCCCGCGACACUCAGAAUGGGUCAAAACCGCCGAGGCCAGUUUUCUGCAUAUCAGUCGAGGCUGCGCAGUCCCGCUGCUGAGGAGAGAACCCUGACAAGCACAAGGUGACCUGAGAUCAGUCAGUUUUUCCCUCUUCCAGACAAAAAAAAAGAAAUUGUCUGUCUAAUAAAUGCCAUGGCUCCCCAGUCGCAACCAGCAAAGCUGCUCUUCUUCAUAAGGUGCCUCUUUAUUGUGUUGUCCCUCAUCCCUUCAUUGGCCACUCGCCUCCAACCAGCGUUGUUUUAGCUCCAGUAGUUGCCGUAGAUCAUACAGUCUGUACAAGUUGAACUGUUUCACUUCCUGGUGCCUGCCGAUGGCCACUAUGUAUAAAUGUAAAGUUGUCUCUAUCUCUUGUAUACUGCUGUCAUUAUUUUAUUAUUAUUUUAUUAAUAUUAUUUUCUAUUAUAUUCAGUUAUUACUUGGGCUACCCUGUUGUGUCAUUUGAUCUUUGCUCUUCCUGGUCGUGCUGUGUAUUUAGCCAUACUGCCCCUUUGCCCAUUUACCAUUUGUACUCUGUGUUACUGUAUAAUCUUUGUUGUUUGCCGAAAGGUUUUCCAAAAAUGGAAAAAAAAAAUGUUGAAAAAAAUUUGACUAAGGUUCAUGAGGACGUGGUCAUGUAUCGCUUAUACUUCACGGGGAUAUGGGAGAUGGUUACAAAACACGCCCAUUUUAAAAUGUGAAAGAUUUAAAGUGGGGAACAAAAUAAAAGGUUGUUGAAUUUG